CAGUCGUUCUUCAACUCUCCACGAGCUCAAGUUCUACUAUCCAUUGGCUGCCGAGUUGUUGUUUGUUUUUGUUUUUUAGUUUGUCUUUCUUCUACACGCAGCCUAUCCCUGAUUGUAUAACCACGCGGCAGUGGUUCCCAGUGCCCACUUCGCUUUCUGUUCCGUUCAAGUGAUCAGUGUGACCGACCUCCCCGUGUUUACUACGUAAAUCUUCUAGUUCCCGUUGGUGGGUCAGACAGCAAACAUGCUGGCCCUGCAAAGCUGUUUGACGGUGAUGGCCGUUUUGGGAGCGGUUCCACUGCUCAUGGCCCUGCCUACCGACCAGACUUGGUUCGUUCAUCACUCGGGCCAGGUAGCGCGGCCGGUUAUGAUCAAUUCAAGUCCCGUAUCUGACGAGUUCCCCAUUCCGCGCUUCUCCCUACCUGGACCAGCAGCCUCGCGGCGCCAGGACGGGCCUUUCCAAGCUUCCGGUUCCAACAACCUUCAGAAUGAACCUCCUGUUCACGUGAAACCGGGUGACAAGGUAUCGUUGAUCGUGCGCAAUCAAAACCCACUGGACCCGCAAAAGUUUGUCGACGUCGGGGCUCUUCUCAUGGAUUUGCAGAGGAUGCCACCGAGCUCGGAUGGUUCUUAUCACGUUUUUUUGGCACCACCCAACUACCCCCAACCGUCUGGAGGUCAAAAGUUUGACGUGACCUAUGUCGGUGCCCCGCAGCGAGAACAACAACCCGACCCACGCAAUCCCCAUCCGCCCCUUUUCGUGGCGCCGCUCGAUUACAGCGUCCCGCAAGGCUACGGACGCGUGCAAAUCCCAAUUCAGAAUGUCAAGUUUGCGCUUCAUUCGCAGUUGCAGCAGGUUCAGCAACAGCCUCAACAGUUUCAGCAGCAGACUCAACCCGCCCCGUUUCAGCAAGCUCAACCGCAAUUUAGACAACCUCAGCCGCAAUUCCAGCAAGUGCAAUUCCAGCCGCCUCAACCUGCACAAUUCCAGCAGCCUCAGCCCGUACAGUUCCAACCUCCUCAGCCCGUACAGUUCCAACCUCCUCAAAGUCAGCCGGCUCAGUUCCAGUCAAACCAGCCCCAACCGGUGCAAGCGCAAUUCACGACACCUCAAGCCCAACCGGUUCAGUUCCACCCAACAGAGCCCCAACCGGUGCAAUUCCUUGCACCCCAACCGGCGCAAUUCCUUGCACCCCAACCGGCGCAGUUCCAGCCACCCCAGCCAACGCAAUUCCAGGCACCUCAGCCCCAGCCAGCGCAAUUCCAGGCACCUCAACCCCAGCCACCGCAAUUCCAGGCACCUCAACCCCAACCGGCGCAAGUCCAGGCACCUCAACCGGUGCAAUUUCAAGCACCUCAACCGCAGCAGGUGCGGUUCCAACCACAAUUCCAGCCUCCCCAACCGCAAUUUCAACCGAUUCCAUCUCAGCAACCGCAAUUCCAGCCACAGUUCCAGAAGCAAACGUUCGUUUCAGACGCACAGCGUCCUCAGUUCCAACAGCCACCGCCAUCGAGCUUUGAGCAGUCCCUGUCAGACGUCCGCCUGCAAACAGGGUUCGUUCCAUUCCAAACACUGGACGAACCUGCAACUUCUCCACCACCCCCACCACCUUCCCCACCAACCCAACCAGCUUCCAAACCAGCUCCGAGAGAGCCACUCGUUUUGGCUGUGGAAUCACCUGAAUUUUUGGAACUCAUUAAGCCGCGUCCAGUUCCUCAAGUAGUUGAAGUCAUUGACGAUGUCCCAGUAUCCGAAGCUCCAAGAACAACAACAAUCCAGCCGGCUGUUCCAGUUGAAGAGAUUGUCGAACCUGUCGUUGAAUUGAAACCGGUGGCCGUCGAUAUUGUUCCGGCCGCUUUCCAAUCGGAAGUUCCGGUGGCCGUCACGUUGGCACCACCUCCAGCGGAAGAUAGUCCCGUGCCAGCUCCUACUCCCGCCUUCGAACAGACGAUUCCAGCUGCUAUUCCUAUUCCAGCUCCGCAAGUUUCAGAGCCAACCGAAUCUCCCACUGUCCGUCCGUUGAAGAAGAGGCCCAUCAAUCGCGUCCCGUUGGAAGGUGGCGCUCCCAGAUGGCCGGAUUUCCAGAGCGUCCGUCAACGUCAACAGCUUCAACGUCAACAAAAUCGCAAGAAAGUUCCAGCGUCUACCGCAAUCAACUUCGAAUCAGGAGAUGAGCAACCUGAAGUCCCGAUCGAAGCGUCGUUCGGUCAAAAGAUUCGAAACAAAGUCAAGACCAACUCUUUGGUGUCACCCCCACUGCCGGUGCAGCCUCAGAUCGUCGUGGAACAACCUAAAAUUGAGUCAUUCGUUGUGGAAGAACCAGUUUUGGAACAAUCGCAGUCAUCCUCUUUCGAUCUUGAUCCACCUGUCGACGAUCGUGAAGAAUCAUUCCAGACGCUGGAAUCACAGAACGCUGCCUCAGGCAAUCAGCGUGGAAGAAUUCGGUUCAACAGACCCAACAUCAACGUCAUUCCUUCUGAAGUUUCAAGCGAGCCGUCAGUUCCAGUGCGACAAACUGUCAGCACUUUAGUCGGUGGAAGAGGUCGCAUCCGACUCAACUCGGCUAGUUUCACCACUUCGACGCCGACGACUGCUGGAACAACUGCAUCUCCCACAGAGGCAGCAACGCCAGCACGUACCGUCGCACCAACUACGAUCCCCACGACGGCCGCACCGACAGCCCCGCCGACCACAGCAUCACCAGUCGUGGCCACGACAGUCCCAACUGUCCCACCAGCCGUCACUCCAGCGGCCACAACAACAGCGCCACCAACGGUAGCAUCAACAGCAGCUCAUUUCGUCGACUCGGUCGCGACGGAAGAACCCGCUGGUGAAGAAGAAAUCCUUAGGGGAGAUAGUCCUAGUGUUCUAGUCGAAGAAGAAGACGUUCCAGCCAUCGAGGAUGAAGACCUCGCCUUAGAGGAAGAGGAAGAAGAACAACCAGUGGCUGUUGAAGAUGCGAAAUCUGUGGAGCCAGCGGAGAAGCCUUGGUCUCCUUACGAGGCCAUCCAGCGCCAGAGGGAGACAACUGUCGAGCCGGAAGUGACCAGUCAGCUCCUUACUAACAACGGACAGCCAUUGCGCGUUCGCGGAAAGACCACUUUCUCUUCCUCACGCAUUCCCUUACCACCUGUCAGGCCGGAAGCUCCUAAUAGACAAGUCGUCCUUCGACCAGCGGCUGUCAUCAGGCGACCAUUGCCUCCAUCCGUCCGCAUUACAAAGCCAAUCUUCGGCAUCCAAGAAGAGCAAAGCGUCCGAACGCAAGAAGAUUUCAUACCCCCUCAAUCGCUCGAAUUCGGCAUCCGCGAUGGAAUUGACCAUAAACCGAUUUUGAUCAACAAUCCACCUGUCCAACUUCAGCUCCCGAUCGGCCGUCGUGUCCCCGAAAAUCGACCCUCAUUACAGAACAUCCGCAUCAAUCGUCCCACAACCGAGGCCCCAACAACCACCACGGCCGCUCCGAUCAUCGAGGAAGAGCCUGCGGAUGUUCUCCAAGAAGAGACCGAUGAACUGGUGACGGAUGAUCCAAUUUUAACCAACGAUCAGUUCGUGGAAGAAGAGGCCGUAGAAGGACACAUUGAGGGAGCAGAAGAAGAAGAGGAAGAAGAGGAGAUCCUUACGGAUGAAGUAGAGGGAGAAGAGAACGAAGAGUUUGUUGAACCUGAAACUGUUGAUGAGGUCGAACCCAUUUCCAGUUCAACUUCAGCGCCUACAACUGGACCAACCAUGACGAUCGCCGAGGCCUUCUCGGAGAUUCCCGAAGAAGAACACGACGUUGCUGAUGUGGAAGAAGAUGUCGUCGAGGAACAAAUCAAACCUGUGGCAACAGAACCAACUGUGACAACCACAACAGAAGCGGCAGUUGUCGUGGAGCCUGAAACUGCGGUGGAGGAAGAAGAGAGCGUCGUCGAAUUGGCUGCAGGUAAUCAGGUGGACGACCAGUCGGACCAGAAAGAAUUGGCCGAUGACGAUCGUCAAGUGUUGGGCGUUUCCACGGCCACCGAAGUGUCUCUGAUGUACGAGCUGUGCUACAGAGGUCGCUGCGUCCGCGUUCACGAAUAAAGACGGCCCUUUGCAAUCUGCAAUCAAUUUUGAGGUAUAACUCGAUUUAUCAUCCCACGUGUCCUUCCUCCAAGUCCAAUACUGCUCAACAAUUCUCGUUGACACGCUAUAUCACAAUGUAAAAAGAAAAUGAAAAAAAAAAAAACCUUUGAAAAAAAAAAAGAUAAAAGUAUCGAACGUACGUACGCAAUCGGAGAUGUAAAGGAGCUUGCGCACGGCUGGUCCGUUGGAUGAGGUCGGAUUAGGAAACAGUGUUAUGUUCACCAUAUAGUUGUAUGAAAAAAAACGACUUCAAAGAGCCUUUCCGUAUACAGGUGAAGGUGAUCCUUAAAGAAAAAAAAAUUACCAUGUGUGCAUGACAAAGUGUGUGAAUGUGUGAACUAUUUAUUCCCCCCCUUAUGUAAUCACCUUCCUCAAUGACCUUAUUCGCCAAGCAAAAAAAAAAAAAAAUUUGCUUUUUUUUUUUUAUGUAAUUCAAUCUGAAUUUUUUGGGGGAUCCGUACAUUUGUUUUGCCCCCCCCCCCCCAUGAUUAAUUUUUUUCCCUUCCAAACACACAUUAUUUUUUUUUACUAAUCAAAGGCCCUAUUACAUUUAUCGAUGGUUGUCAGGGAGGAACAUCACAAAUACAAAUUUCACCGCUU